CUCCGCGCAAUAUUCAGAACGCCAGACAAACAGGUCAGGAUGCUGAGCUUUCCUUCUGAAACGAAAAAUGAACAGAAAUGCAAUGUCACGCACGGUGUUAUGGGCCAUUUGGACCCCAGCCAGCCUCCUGUGAAGAGAAAACCUUUCGCGGCCAUUUUGAGCCAGAGUUUCAUCCAGAAGAUUGAGCUUAUACUACCGGAAGAGCUUUAUCAAAUUAUUCAGGAGGACGUUUUGAGGGAUCUCUCCGGGCCUGUCUACAGCCGUGUUACCCUACCGUUAGGUGCUCUUUUGGAGGGCGAAUUUUUCAAUGAAUAUAUCAAGAGAGGCAAUAUCUUGAUGCUUUCAGAGGGGAGAUCGGAUACCGAUAACGUGUAUUCGCUUCAAGAAGGUAUCAUGCUAGCAAUAGAUCAACGUCUCUUUGAUAAUAAGUUAAAUGCUCAUCCUUCUCCAGGAACCUUAACAUUGCACUUGGACAAGGAGAGUUACGAACGAGCUGGUAUAGUGGGAAGGCCAGAUGGUGUAAAGGGUAAACGUGGGACAAAACCUCGGUGGAUCGUGGAGAUAGAGCUCCGUCUUCCUUCUAUGUUGCAUGGUAAGAAGGGCUUUGACAGGAUUGUUUAUGCUUUCAAAAACGUUCUCAAUAGACCCGUCACAUGGCUCUUUGUGGACCUGGCAUCAGACACCCCGAUGCCCAGUCCCGUCGAAGCCCAUUUUCCAGCCAUAAAGACUGUAUCUCCUAGGAUUCAGAAGAUGGAUGUCAAUACGCCAUCGCUUAGACCACCCACAGAUCCAGACGAGUCGUACGGCGGAGACUUUGAGGACUAUGCCGUUGAGACCCAAGAGUGGCUCUCUCUCAUCCUACUCAACAGUCCCAGAAUCACACCCGGUGACAAGAUAGAUCCAUAUCUUUCACGCUAUGUCGUUCCAGGAGAUACUCAGACGUCAUGUAAGCUGGUGAGGGUCACAUGGCGAGGUUUUCUGUCCCCAACGUGGGCACACAGAAUAUUUGUGCUUAUGUUGUUAGCGACCCCUAAGUCCGGAUGGUUUGCUUAUUUCGUGGACGGAUUUGGCAAGGGUUCUCCGGGUUAUGGCAAACAUUGUACGAUACUGAAGCUGCCAGAUGCCCAGAACGAGUAUGUCUCAUGGGAGAUAGCGUAG